AUGCCCUCUUAUUCCAGCGAACGAUCCAACAAAGAUUUGCAUUACGCCAUCGAGAAAGACUUCACUGAACCUUCAGGCGAGGAGGAUAGCGAGUUACACAAGCUCCCAUUCCCCACAGCCCCGGAGAGUGCCCCGGAGAGUGCCUCCGUCAAUUCCGAUGGAACUCUCAUUGUAAUAUCAGUCGCUGACAAUAUCCAUGUCUACGACACUGUCAACUUCACCGACAUGUCCGCCUGCAAGGGGCAUGUAUCCAGAGUCGAUGCUCAUGCCUUUCAGCCCGGCAAACCCAAAGUCUUGGUAUCCUCUGCGCAGAAUUACUAUAGAGGUUCAACUCCCGCAGAGGCUACAAUCAUAAUCUGGGAUCUCAAGAAGGAACAGGCGAAUCCUUUGAUGACAUCGAGUAUCAUCCCGAGCAUUGCAAGCCAAGCCACAGACAACGUUGCCGAUAAUCUGCUGAUGGUUCAACCCCGACUUGAGCUCUCCGCCGAGGAGGAGAAGAGCCUCACCGAAAGGAGGCUCUCCUUCUCUUGCCAGUCGGAGCUAUGCAGUCCAUCUGGCAACUUCUUGAUCUACAUGCCUGGCAAGCCACCACGGUCCAACGAUGCCGACAGGUGGGAUGUCAAAAUCUACUCGAUGGCAACUCACGAAGACGUGCUCGCACUGAUUGGACACACAGAUGCGGUGAUGUGGACGGGUUACAACCCAGACGAAACAAUGACCGCCACCGUGGCAUGGGACCAAACGACCCGUAUCUGGGAUGCAAGGUGUGGACAUCAGAAGUACAAAUUCGAUACCAAUGGCCAGAACUGGACUGGGGGUUUUUCGUCCGGUUCAAAGCGGUUCGCGGGGACGUGUGGCGAUGGAACGUUCUAUGUCUACUCCCUGGAUGACGGCGCUACGCUAUGGCUCAAGCUAGAUUUGAGCCCUCGACUGAGUUCAAAGCCGGGGAGGUUCAUUCUGUAUGAUGUCGAGAAAGAAAAGGUUCUACAGGAGCGGAUUUCGAGCUUAGAUGCUUGCAAGGUGGCACUGGAGUACAAAUCGAUGAUGAAGAGCUAUCUGGAAUUCUAUGGGGUCAAGUUUUUGGAUGGGGGAAGGAAGGUUGUGGUGCUUACUGCGGGUGACGGUGGAAUUGAAACGUAUGACCUAGAGAAGUGGGAGAAGUGGAGAUUUGCAAGGCCAAAUAUUGACCCGCCAUUCAAUGGUGACUCUGGGGACAACGAGGAAGAGAGGAUAUCAUUCAGAAACCACGCCAGAAAGGACAAGUGA